AUGGAUACCCAGAUUGAGAAGCCAUUCGCUGAGCACCAGAGCACCUUGACUGAGAACGCCGUCGAUUCUGCCGCCCCCGCCCCCCGCGAUCGUAGCAGCAGUGACUCGCCCAAGCCCGCUCUCGAUGGCAAGCAUGGAAUUCCUGGCCACUCGGAGUACAUGAACCCCCGUCUGAGAAGCCUCCUCCUCUGGGAGAAACCCCGUCUAUCAGGAGGAGUCCUUGCUGGAUCAUUGACUGCAGUUCUCCUCUGCCGCUGGGUGUCGCUCCUGAACCUGGUCUCUGCGCUCUUUGUCUUUGGCAUCUCGGCCUCGUUUGUCUAUGUCAACGGAUUGACGCUCUUUAACCGUGUCACCAGCAAGCCUACUGUUCGUCCCCUGGAGAGAUACUACUCUCGCUCAGCAGAGUUUGUGCACCUGGAUGCGGACAAACUCCACCGCCGUGUCGACUAUAUCACCGAUGGCCUUAAUGUCGUCUUGACUGAGUUGGCCAAAGUCGUCCUCAUCGAGGAUAACAAGCGCUCUCUCAAGUUCAUCGGAAUCUUCUACGCAAUCUGGACCCUCCGCACCUGGUUCUCAACCACAACCCUGAUCUCCAUGAUCCUCGUCUCGCUCUUCGCCGCACCCCGAAUCUACAUCGAUAACCAAACCUUGAUCGAUGCCCAGGUGGCCAAGACGAACGAGCUUGUUCAAGCUCAUGUGGGCAAGGGAAGACAGAUUGCUCAAGAGCAGUUCUCGUCUGUUUAUUCCAAGGCCGAGCAGUUUGCGCAGGAUAAGGGAAUUAUGAAGAAGAAUGACAAGAAGACCGAAUAA